AUGGCUACGAAUAACAACUCCCCUCCGAAAUCCAUUUUAAAAACUUCACUACCUUCUGCGCAUGCUGCUUCCUCACCUUUGGUGACCUCGAAUUCUAACGCCCGUCGGCCUGUCUCCAAAUCGCAAAUGUCACAGCAACAAAAAGGAAAACAAAAAGAGAACAAGCCUGGAGCUGAUCCUCGUCAUAUGGCAAUAGCGCUACACCACGCUCAUCGAAUUCAGGCCCAAAAAGACACAGAGGCACUCAUAUUAGACCGCAUCCUGGAGCUCGUCACAUUUCCCUCUUCGCCAUCCGCCGACCCUGCCGCUCCGUCUAUCGAAGACGCAAAUGCUUUCAAAGCCGCUCUGGUUCCUUUUCAGCCUUCCGAUUAUGACAAUUUGAUUGAGGAGCGGAAAAUAGAGGGGCUUUGUGGGUAUGGGCUUUGCCCCCGGGAGCAUCGCAAAGAAGACCCCAAGGGCACUUAUAGGCUGAAAUGGGGUGCAAAGGGGAGCGGCCCUGGAGGCCGUGGACGCGAUAUGAACAUCGUUCCCAAAGAAAAACUUGAGAUGUGGUGUUCGGAUGAAUGUGCUGAGCGAGCUAUGUAUAUACGGGUGCAGCUGGCUGAGGAACCAGUGUGGGAAAGACGAGCCGAUGACACUCGAGGCGACAGUAUUCUAUUGCUUGAAGAGGGUAGGGCAGAGAAAAAACAAGGAAAAGGGAAAGGCAAAAUGAGCUCAGCUACAGUGGGAGAAGUGACCGGCCAACUGGACAACCUGCACAUGGAUGGAAGCCAGGAAUCGAGCGAUAUGGCCGACAACAUGAAAGGGCUCAGCAUUCGUGCCGAUCAUAACUCUCAUGAACUCGCCAUGGAACGUGGAGACUCGAACCCAGCUUUCCAGACGGGCAGAGUAAACAUUCAGAUCCGAGAGAAGGAGAAUGUUUCCCAUGACGCACCCCAAAUGCGACCAGGAGACCAUACAGGAGGCUCGAUCGAAGGAUAUGUACCAAAGAACCGUCAAGAGCCACAGGAAGAAGACCAGGAGGAGCCAGACGUCCUCGACCAGUUUUAG